UGAUAUAAUAUUGUAUUACUAAAAUACGGGUUUUAAAAUUCUCCACUAGUAUAAUAAUUAGGCGGGUUCCUGCUGAAUUCAAAUUACCUACGUAACAUAUGAAUUUACAUUUAAUUUAUGCCUAUAGUCCAAACGCGACAUUCACAAUCGUCAACAAAUAAUGUGAUUUUAUAUAAUAAUAUCAUUUAUGUCGGAUCAACGAAAUCGAUCUCUCUUAUUUUCUCUUAAUCCGUUCCCAAACCGUGAUAUUUAGAUGCUUGCACGCAUAUUAUUAUUGUAAUAACCGCUCGCUGGACUACGGUCGAUCAUCAUGGACUUUUUCAUUAGAUGCGUAACUGGGAUAUUAUUAUUAAUCGUAAACAUACAACUAACCAAUUACAUUUGUCAAGGAGAACCAAAGAAACAACCUCAUAUUGUUCUCAUUGUAGCCGACGAUCUGGGUUGGAAUGAUGUUGGAUUUCACGGAUCUAUACAGAUACCCACUCCAAAUAUCGACGCACUUGCUUAUAACGGUAUGAUAUUGAAUCGUCAUUAUGUUCAGCCAACGUGUACUCCGUCGAGGGCUGCUUUACUUACUGGAAAAUACCCGAUUCGUUAUGGCUUUCAAGGUACACCCAUUGCUGCCGGCCAAGCUUUAGCAUUACCAACGACUGAAACAAUUUUACCACAAUAUCUGAAAAAGUUGGGCUAUUCAACACACUUGGUGGGGAAAUGGCACUUAGGUUAUUACCAAAAACGUUUCACCCCCACACAAAGGGGAUUCGAUAGUCAUUUUGGUUACUGGAACGGGUAUAUUGGUUAUAGAAAUAGCAUACACGCUACGGAUACAAUGAGUGGUAUCGAUGCUAGGCGUGGAUUCAAAAGGGCAGGGAAUGAAAUGGACCACGAUAGGUACGCAACUGAUGUUUUCACAGGAGAAGCCCGUAAAAUCAUAGAAUCAAGUAAACGGAAAAACACGAAAAUGUUUUUAAUGGUAAGUCAUUUAGCUGUUCAUUCUGGAAAUAGAGGACCAAAUCAUUUGGAAGUUUCGAACAAAACCUACAACGACGAGGUAUUUGGUUAUAUUAAAGAUGAAAACAGAAGACUUUAUGCAGGAAUGUUGACUUCGUUGGAUAACUCUGUUGGAAAAAUAAUAGAAUCAUUGGACGAAAACGAAAUGCUAAAAGAUUCUAUCGUAGUGUUUAUGUCCGAUAACGGUGCACCAACGGACGAUCCGUUAUGGGGUCAUGAAAACUUUGGAUCCAAUUGGCCUUUGAGAGGAAAAAAAGGAUCAGUACUUGAAGGUGGAGUUCGUGGGGUGGCUGCGAUGUGGAGCCCAUGGUUGAAAGAAAAAAACAAUGUUUCUGAAAAUUUAUUUCAUAUUACUGAUUGGUUGCCCACUUUAUAUACGGCUGCAGGUGGUGACUUAGAAGAAUUAGGUGAUAUUGACGGUGUUAAUCAGUGGAAAAGCUUAACUGAUACUUCAGAGCAAGUAAGAUCAAAGGUUUUAAUCAAUAUAGAUGAAGCACGAGGAGAAGAAGCCAUAAUUUUCGACCAAUGGAAAGUUGUGAAAAGUAACCGUACGAGUAACUUGGCUAUCAAUCUCAAGUAUAGCGGGGAUCCUGGUAACGUAGGACCAGAAUAUGAUAUGUCCGGCAUAAUGGGAAGUGCCGUCGGUUUGCAUCUAUCGAAAAUCAACUGUUUGACCGGAGACGUUUGCAUGAACACGUCGGCAGCGCGAGAUGUAUUUUACGUUUCCCGUUCGCGGGCCAAAGUCGACGGUCAAACAUGUCCAGAGCGCGUUUCUAAUCUCGACCCUGACCAACAGUACGAGUGUUUUGACGGGUACUGUCUUUUUGACACCGUCCAAGAUCCCUGCGAGUAUCGAAAUGUGGCUGAACAGAACCCUCAAAUGUUGGACCAGAUGAUUGACAUGCUGAAGCAGUUCAAAGGGGAAAUGAAGAUGCAAGCACCUAAACGGAUAACUGAUCCUGAUGCGAAUCCUAGUCGCUUUUCCGGUUAUUGGGAGCCUUGGCUGGAACCCUUCGUCAAAAAUUAAAUAUAAUUUCCGUAAUCUCAGUAUUAUUAAAAUGCUAUUAUAAUGUGUUUAUUUUAAAAAUAUUAUAUUUAACGUUUAUUA